CUAUUGGGCUCAAGCUGUUACCUUUAGGCGCCGAGGAAGGGGAGUGGGUGCAGGCGAUGGUGCCGCUGCUGCGUUACCUGGGUGGUGUCUGCGGUUGGGCCCGUGGGAGCUUCCCCCGGGUGUGCAGGCCCGCGUCAGGAAGGUCCUGGCCGCUUUGCGGAGGUGUCCGCAGUGCUAGCAGCAGCUCAUUUGACAUAGUCAUUGUCGGUGGUGGAAUUGUGGGCCUUGCCUCUGCCAGAGCACUUAUCCUGCGACAUCCUGCACUUUCAAUUGGUGUUCUGGAAAAGGAGAAAGAUUUAGCUACUCACCAGACUGGACAUAAUAGUGGUGUCAUACAUAGUGGAAUAUAUUAUAAACCUGAAUCUUUAAAGGCUAAGUUGUGUGUACAAGGUGCAGACCUCAUCUAUGAAUACUGUAACCAGAAGGGAAUUUCCUACAAGCAAUGUGGCAAGCUAAUAGUAGCUGUUGAACAAGAAGAAAUUCCUAGACUUCGGGCCCUGUAUGAGAGGGGCCUGCAGAAUGGUGUUCAAGGUUUGAGACUGAUUCAGCAGGAGGAUAUAAAAAAGAAGGAGCCAUAUUGUAGGGGUCUAAUGGCAAUUGAUUGUCCAUAUACUGGCAUUGUGGACUAUCGGCAGGUAGCUUUGUCGUUUGCCCAGGAUUUCCAAGAAGCUGGUGGGUCUGUCUUGACUAAUUUUGAAGUAAAAGAUAUUGAAAUGGCUAGAGAAAGCCCUUCAAGAAGUGGAGAUGGGAUGAAAUAUCCAAUUAUUAUAAAGAAUACAAAGGGAGGGGAAAUUCAAUGUCAGUAUGUUGUGACAUGUGCAGGACUUCACUCAGACCGUAUUUCAGAGUUAAGUGGUUGCAAUCCUGAUCCUCAAAUCGUACCAUUUCGGGGAGAUUACCUGCUCUUGAAGCCAGAAAAAUGCUAUCUUAUAAAAGGAAAUAUUUAUCCGGUCCCAGAUAGCCGGUUUCCUUUCCUAGGAGUUCAUUUCACACCAAGGAUGGAUGGGAAUAUUUGGCUAGGGCCUAACGCAGUUCUUGCCUUUAAACGGGAAGGAUACAGACCCUUUGACUUCAGUGCCAGAGAUGCUAAGGAUUUAAUUGUCAAUAGUGGCCUGAUUAAACUGGUGUCCCAGAAUCUGUCCUAUGGAGUUAAUGAAAUGUAUAAAGCCUGUUUUCUGGGUGCAACAGUGAAGCACCUUCAAAAGUUCAUCCCUGAAAUUACUGUCAGUGAUAUCCUUAGAGGUCCAGCUGGAGUAAGAGCCCAAGCCCUGGAUAGAGAUGGAAAUCUGGUAGAUGAUUUUGUAUUUGAUGGAGGAGUUGGGGAUAUUGGAAGUCGCAUUCUUCAUGUGAGAAAUGCACCUUCCCCUGCUGCCACUUCUUCCCUUGCAAUUUCUGGAAUGAUUGCAGAUGAAGUGCAGCAAAGGUUUGAAUUGUAAAUAAUGAAAGGAGUUGGGUAUGCAUUUAACCUCCACAUCAGCAACAAGAAUGUAUUGAUUGUGUUCUUUAAUUAUAAUUUAAGGAAAAGAUUUUAAACUGGGCAUGGUAGCAUGUGCCUGUGAUCCUUGUGACUGGAGAGGUGGAAGCAGGAGGAUUGCAAGUUUGAGACAAGCCUGGAAAACUUAGCAAGAUCCUGAUUCAAAGAAAAGCUAAAUAAGUUAAAAAUAAGAAGCGCUGGGGAGGUGGCUCAGUGGUAGAGUACCCCUAGGUUCAAUUCUAGUACUGAGAGAGAAAGAACAGAGAGAAAGAAAUGGUCUUAGAGUCUCACUUUUUGAUUAAAAACCCACUGAAUCAUCAAAAUAAUAUAACAUAGAAAUAAGAAUUUAAAAAACUAAAUUCCAUGCUCUUAUUUGUGAAUGAAGAAGCAAGGUGAAGUUUUAUCUGUCUUGACUCCCUGACUUUGUUAAUGAUCUAUCCUUACCAACCAGGAUCAAGAGAAGACUUGGCUGUUUUAGAAUUUUGGGGAGGAGCUGGUGACAUCUGUAGUUCCCAGCUACUUAGGAUGGUGAGAUGGAGAGGAUCACUGAGUCCAGGCUGGUAAGUUGUUACCAGCCUGGGCAACAUAGUGAAAGCUCAUCUCAAAAAAAAAAACAACAACAACAACAACAAAAAAAAACAAAAAAAAACUUUUGGUAAAGAUAGCAUAAAAAGUUGAUUACCCUUUAAAUCAAUUUUUUGGCUUUGAUAAGCUAUUUUGUCUCCCCUAGAAGGAAAAUAUAUUACAGUGUAUUGUAGGUUGCAAACAUUAUUUUAAUUUUGAAGAGUCAUAGAAAAACUGUCAUAAGUUAGAGCAACAAUUUUGUAUUUGAAAAUUAAAAAUUUUUGAUUUCAUGCAAAUACAUGGUAUUUCACAUUUCUAAGUUUAAAAGAAAGCUUUUAUUAUAUCCAGCCUCUUUAUAAAUCUCUUUAUAACAUGUGAUAUGGUAUCACUAAAUUUACACAGCUGUAUAUUAUAUGUGAUUAUUGCUACAGUCUUCUGUGGUUGAGAAACUAAAAGCACCUAGAACUGAAAGUUUUUUAUAAGAGCAGUUUUAGAAUCCUAACACUGAUGUAUAGAACUUGGUAAUUUUAAACAAUUAUUUAUCUCAUAUCUCUGUCCUAAUAUUUUCAAAAUUUUGACCGAGAUCACUCAUGAUUCAUCCCUAUUUGUUUUUUCAGGGCUCCUAUAAACUUUUAUGAGGACAUUUAUGCAUUUUUGGUGAAUAUCUAACUUUGAGGCAUUCACUUUUGUAAACCGCGAAAGUGCCUUACAUUCAUGUGUACUUUAUGAGUAUGUUAAAUUGGUGCCCAAUGCCAUCCUGUAUACUGUAUAUACCUGCGUGGUUUAUCUGAAUGUUUCUUAUAGUUGAGAGUGUUGUUGGUAAAUAGAAAUGUAAGUGAAAAUGUGGCAACCUGACUAGUGAAACAGAACCACGGUUUAGGUGAGACAUUUUCAAUUCAUUCUCUCGCACAUACUCCCUCAGGACUAAUUUUCCAGUCUUCAUUUUUCUUACCUCUCCAAAACUGUUUGCUGAAUGAGUGGAAAGGAUGUGUACGUUGGUUGAUAGGAAAAACUUUUCUGUUUUCUUCCUUUUCCCUUCACUUCAGUUCUUGGUGAUUACAUUGAUUGAACUACCUCAUCUAUUAAUUUGAAAGAAUAUUCAUCAUCAGCUCCAGUUCAAGAAGUAGCUCAUCCAGGUAAAUAGAUUAUGCAGUUAGUUAUUCAGCAGUGAUGAGCAUAUCAAAAACAUUCAGAAAUCACCGACAGAAGAAACAAGCCCCAAUGGUUCAUCGUAACAAUUGAUUCCUUCAAGUAAUGAAGCACACAGGAUACUUUUCUGUUCUGUUACAAGACUACUAAGACCUGGAAAAUAUUGCAAUUUUCUAUUUCAUCAGCAGUAAGAUUGCAUAUACACUAAGCUGUGGAAAAGACUAAAAUUACAAAAGUAACUGUCCUAAAUUGAAGCAAUCCUCAUUCCAUUGGGGUCUGUAUUAUUACCCCAAAAAAUGUAAGUGAGAAAUUUGUUGAAAAAAAUUUUGAACAUGUAGGUUAUUCUGUUUGUAGAACAUUUGAUAUUAUGUCAGUAGGGUUUUAUUGUUAAAUACGGAUAUAAUAUUUAAGAGUUUUGUGUCUGAGAGAAGAAAAUAUAUAUUAGCAUUAAAAUAUUUUAAUGAG